GUUCUCCCUUCCCCCUCUCCUCUUCCUUUGUCAUUUUCCUUGUUCUCUUCUUUACGCAUCAGAAACUCCAGUUAAGACAAAAACACGAGAAAAAAGCCAGCUCGAAACGCCUCUCCUGACGAGAUAGAAGGAGGAGAUUGCAAAAAGUUGGACAAUUUAGGCAAAUAUUCAGGCAAGACUUGAAAUAACCCUUGAUACCCGUCCCUUUAGCCUUUAAACGUCACCACAGGGCGCCUUUGAUUAGCAUGUGGUAGUGACGGUGGUGGAGGUGGUGGUGGUUGUGGUAGGGAGGGGCUGAAGGAUAAGGGCGAGGACACAGGCUGAGAGACCCGAACAGAGCGCCAGUGUGUAUUGAACCUCCAGAGGGGAAGGUACGUCGCCGCGCUGUCCUCCCUGGAUCACUCAGUUCUGGUGCCCCUUCAGUAUUUUAGCGCAUGUUUGAGUGCCUCCCCCCAGCGACAUGGUGACGGUGGCAGUGUUCAUGGCGAUAGCAACUCUGGCUGCCUGCGCAGACAUGGAAGAGACCCAGCCCAGUGGGACGCCGCGCCUUCCCGUCCUUGCCUUACCCCCACACACUUUCUUCUCACCGACGCUGCCCACUCCCACCGUGCUAAGUAAAAACUGGACUCCCUCGUCACAACUUACAGCUUCCUCUACGGCCUCUUCCCUCGCCCGAUUAUUGCUCUCCAAGCCUCCACAUCUCCCAGCUGGUAAUAUUUUUUCACACCCCUCCUCCUACACCACCACCUCCUUCUCCUCCUCCUCGUCCUCCUCGUCUCCUCCCCUCAGUACCUCAAGUCCCACCUCCUCAGUCUUCUCAGAGGUGGAAAAAGCUACAGUUAUUUCCGUCACUGAGUCUCAAGGGGAAGACAACACCACCUUCCUGCUGCAGCCUCCACAUCCCUACCUGGCCCACACCUCCGCCUCCAUCAGGGUCCAUCUAGGCGCCACAGCGAAACUCGACUGUGUUGUGCACGAUUCCGCUAACGAGGCGGUGUCGUGGCUGCGGCGUGACAACGAUCACCUGGAGCUGCUCACCUGGGCAGACAACACCUACACUAAUGAUGACAGGUUCUCCGUGGUACAGGAGGAGGGGGACGGGUGGCGGCUGUGGAGGCUUGAGAUCCGCAGGGCACAGGAGCAGGACCAGGGAGAUUACAGGUGCCAGGUCGCCACUCACCCCCCGCUGCUUCUAGAUGCCUUCCUCACUGUGGAUGUUCCAAUAGCGCGCGUGGUGGACGAGAGAGGUGACCAGGUGGAGGAGAAGCACUACAACAGCGGCAGUAUGAUUGAGCUCAAGUGUAUCGUGAACCAGGUGCCCUUCCCCCACGGCCCCGUCACCUGGAGGAGGGGAGCCACAGUCCUCACCUUCAACACCUCCAGGGGCGGCAUCAGCGUGAAGGGACAACAGGACUGGGGCUUCGUGAGAAGUCGCCUGUACGUGGCCCGCGCCCAGCCCUCUGACUCCGGCCGCUAUUCCUGCUGCUACACCAACACCACCUGUGACUCAGUGACCGUCCACGUGAUAGCAGGAGAGAACCCAGCGGCAAUGCAACAUGAUACUACCCCGGAAGCCCCCCCGAGCAGCAUAUCCCCCAGCUCGUUCCCCCGCCACCUCCACCUACGGGUCGUUACCAGCCUCCUCACUUGUGUGUUCACCUGGAGAACCACGUGACACCUGAGUACCUUUGUCUGAACGUAUCAAUGUGCUCCUUUUGUUCCCAAGGUUUGUUUGCGUGGUGAAAUAAAUGAAGGAAAGUGUCAUGUUUGUUAUUGGUGGUGAAAAUAGUGAGGGUCGUUGUUAUUCUGUGCUGAG